UGAGUCGUGAAGGUGAUAGUGGUAGCCAAUUAACUCGCCUACGCCCCAUACGAUUCCAACUUCCCAAAGGUUAGAUUACCCUCGCCCUCUAACUUCAACUAACCCUAAAUUACAGAUCACAUAAACCACGAAAUGGCAGGGAAGAUUGCACCAUGGUUUGUAUUGUUAGUUUCAGUCAUUAUCUGUGUAUUUGUGGGAAGUGCGUGGGGACAAAGUGCUACUGUGGGAUCCACGUACCACCUCUACAAUCCAGCCCAAAUCAAUUACGACUUGCGGGCUGUUAGUGCAUUCUGCUCAACAUGGGAUGCCGAUCAAUCCUACGAAUGGCGCAGCAAAUAUGGAUGGACUGCAUUUUGCGGACCUGCUGGCCCUAGCGGAGAAGACGCUUGCGGAAAGUGCCUCUUGGUGACAAACACUGUGACAGGAGCACAAACAGUGGUGAGAAUUAUUGAUCAAUGCAGCAACGGAGGGCUAGACUUGGACGUGAAUAUGUUUAACCAAAUUGACACCGACGGCAGUGGCUACGCAUCAGGCCACCUUAACGUCAACUACGAUUUUGUCGACUGCAGCGACUAAAGUCUAUCACCCCGGAUGAAUUCAGUAGCUUAGUAGUGAACUUACCUUAUACUGAUAAUUAAGCUUCACCAUGGAAUAAAUUGAAGCGGAAUUGCUUCUUGUAUUAUAACAAUAGUUAUUAUCAGAUAUCGUAAU